AUGGGUAAAUCAAAGGGUGGCAACCACGGCGGUGGUCGUAGGGGCCCCCCUUAUGGUGUAUCCUCAUCUGGGGCCCCCUCUCGUGGGUCAGCAUCUGCUGGUACAUCUGCAGCUGGUUCUGUCCCCUCUGGUGCUCCCGCAGUAGCAGCAACAGCAGCAGGACAACAUCAAAACAAGCAGCAACAGCAGCAGCAACAGCAGCAGCAACAGCAGCAGCAACAGCAGCAGCAACAGCAGCAAAAACAACAAGAGCAAUAUAGAGAUACAACAGUAACCUCUCAUCAAGAGGGUCCAAAUACAUAUGAAUAUUCAGGUGUACAUGCAGGGACAGGAGGAGGAGGAGGAGGAGGAGGAGGAGUAAAUUCAUCACCAUUAUUAGAUAUAUAUGAAGAAUUAGACCAUUUAAAUUCAGUUCGUCGAGCAUUUCGAUUAUACGAAAUUAAUUCCCAUUUAGAAAUUCAAAGAAUUCAAAUUUAUUUAACACAGCACCUACAGAAGGAGGACUUAGUCUUAUUAAUGGGUCCAUGUACACCUAAAGAUGAACAAUCAGAUAUAGAUAUACAGCAGCAGCAGCAACAGCAGCAGCAGCAAGUGCAACAGCAGCAGCAGCAAAUGCAGCAACAGCAGCAGCAGCAACAGGGAGAGGGAGAUGAGAUAGCAAUAAGGGAAGAACAACAAAUGCAGCAGCAGCAAAUGCAGCAACAGAGACAUCAACAAAAUAAACAAGGUAAAGGAGGGCAUGCAACAUCAACAAAGAAAAGGAGAAGGAAAAAGAUGCAGCAACAACAAAAACAUCAGCAACAACAGCAACAACAGCAACAGCAACAGCAACAGCAACAACAGCAGCAACAAUUGCAGCAGCAACAGCAAUUGCUGCAGCAGCAACUCCAGCAGCAAUAUGGAUAUGAUAUGAGUCCAGAGAAUCGUCGUUUGCUGCUCGAGGCAGAACAAGAAGAUUCAGAAAAACUUACAAGAAAUCUUAGCAAGGUGCGCAGCACAUUACGUCAAUUUGUCCGUGAUUGGGCAGAAGAAGGAGCAGAAGAAAGAGAAGCAGCUUAUGGUCCUCUUCUUAGGGCAUUAGAUGAGCAUCUACCUAUUAUACCUGGACAAGAUCCACCAAGGGUUUUAUGUCCUGGUUCGGGUUUGGGUCGUUUACCAUUUGAGGUAAUGAGGAAAGGUUAUGCAUGCCAAGGAAAUGAAUUCUCUUACUUUAUGCUUAUAGGAGACCAUCUAGAUGUUAUAUGGAUCCCUGACGUUGCGCCUAGCGAACACGUUGGGCCUUCUGCUGAUUUCUCUAUGUGUGCAGGAGAAUUUGUUGAGGUGUAUGGUAGUCCUUCAACAACUCUUCCUGCAUCUUCUCGUAUAUUUGAUGGUGUAUUAACAUCUUUCUUCUUAGAUACAGCACAUAAUGUACUAUUAUAUAUAAAAACAAUAGCUAAAAUAACAAGAAAAGGAGGUUUAUGGGCAAAUGUUGGUCCUCUUCUUUAUCAUUAUGCAGAAAUGCCACAUGAAGUUAGUCUUGAAUUCUCUGCUGAAGAAAUUCUUGCAGUUAUACAGAAUUGGUUUACGUUGGUAAAAGUUGAAUGGCGGGAUUGCUACUACACAUCUAACCGCAAAUCGAUGAUGCAGGUGCAAUAUCACUGUCUGCACUUCGUCGCCAUUCGCAACGAAGAGCCCGCGCCAGAGAUAACAACUGGCAAUUGCGACUAA